AUGAGAAAAGAUUCUAUUAAGAAUACAUUUGUGUCAAUAAUUGUACUAACAUUUAUUCAUACAACUUUGGGACUAUAUGAAAGGGAAAGAGGUUAAAGAGAUUGGAAAAUCGAGAAUUUAGGAGAAAUUGUUGAUCUUAAGUUCAUAGAAAACUCUAACUUAGUCUAUACAAUUUCAAGCUCUGGGCUCCUUACUCUAUUUGAUACUGAGAACUAGAAAAUCAAUUGGAAAAAGCAAUUACCAAAACUAGAUAAUAAUGAACAAUAUCAACUCAAGUAUCUUUCAAGAAAUCUUAUUGUCCAUUCUAAGAGUAGAGCUCUUAUGGUAAAUUCAGCAGCUCACGUUAUUUACGAUGUUCACCUUGAUGGUGAGCUAAGUCUUGGAGUUCCUUAAGAUUCUCAUCUUGCAGUAGAAAUUUUUGAACAGGGUGGUCAUAUCUAUAGUGUUUUCGCCAAGGACUACAAGGUCAUUAUUUACAGAGAUUAUUAGCAAGUAGGCUCCUUAGAGUACACUCAUUUUGACACUGGAAAAUCUCUUCCAGAUAUCAAGCCUUUAUCAAUGCUAUUUGAUAGAUAGAAUCAUGAAUUGGUACUUUUAGCCAAAGUUAUGGAUGAAAAAGUCAGCUCUUUUAUUAUUGAUGUUUCAAAGCAGGAUAUGCAGGAGAAAUAAUCAAUCUUAAUUACAACACAAAUCUCAAAUGUUUACAGAACUUACAUGCAUUUCAUUAUUCAUGACUCAACUUCAAACAAAGCUCUUGUUUUAAAAGCAACUGAUAUUGAGAAGCAAAAAGAACUAGACAAUAUCGUCGAAAUCUAAGUAUCAAAUAUCAAUGAUAUAGUGACCCUUACUGAUAAGUAAGGCAAGCAUAGCUCAACAGAUCUUGGUCAUUCAUCUCAUCCUGGCAACACUAUCAAAAUUGAGUCUGGAUGUCACAUGUAAAGAGCUCAAGAAAGUGAAAAUAUUGAAUCUAUCAGUAAACCAUCUGAUCAUUUCGUAAUUUCAGUAGUUUGCCAAGAUAAAUUAAACUUGCUUCAAAUUAAUGAUAGAGGAUCCGUAUCAAAUCUAUAUGAAUCUCAUGGUCUCACUCUUUCAAAUCAUGGACAACUAUUGAGAUUAUUUAGGAAUGGAAACGAUCAUAUUAUUUAGUUCCAAGAUCUAUCUCUUCAUUUCAUUCACAAUAAUUUGAAGAUAAGAUGGACUAGAGAAGAGAGUUUGAGCUUGAUAAGCCAAGUUGAGGUCCUUGAACAAGAAAAAGCUGUCAUUGAGAAUGAUCUUGAUUAUGUUAAGAAUAUUAACCAAGAUGUUAGUAUUAAUCAAAUACCCUUUAGAAUUCUCAAUAGGUACAAGGAGAACAUCUAAUAUCUCAUAAAUCAAAUUCAUAGAUUUUUAAAUCAAAAUCAGAACAAAAAUUAACAGCCAGGAAGUAUAAUGUCUGACGGACUCGGAGUGACCUUUGGAUUUAAAAAGAUGCUGAUAACACUAACAGAAGUAGGAAAGGUCUUAUCCCUUUCUUCAAUUGAUGGAAGUGUUCUAUGGUAAAAAUAUUUUGGCUCAUUAGAGUCAUAGAGACCAGUAAAAAUAUUGAUAAGAAACUUGCUUGAAAGAGAAAUUGAGUCCCAGCCACUUGUCAAUUAAUAAGUAGUUGUUAUCUAAAAUGAUAGACUAUCUUUCCUUAAUCCAUUCACUGGUGAAAUUGUGUAGACUUAUGAUACUCAAUCAACUGACUAACAAGAUUACAUACUCAUUCAAUUAAAAUCAAGAGGAUAAUUGGUCCUAUAAUUAAAUCAGUAAUCACUCUCAGAUGGAACACCUCUAAACGUAUUCCCUAAAAAUACAUACUCUGCUGAUGUUAUGGAUGGAGAAAAUAUUCACUUCACUUUGAUUAAUCAUAAAGAUAGAUCCAUAGUUGGAUAUAAGCUUAGGCAAGAUUUAACAGCUACAAAACUAUGGCAAUUCAAACUCGAUGGCUCAAAUAAUGAAAGAGUUCUCAGAAUUGAGACUUAAUUUUAAACCUAAUCUUAGAUUGAUCAUCUUCAUUUCCAACCUACAUCUUUUUCAGGAGAAAACUUAAUCUUCAAAUACCUUGACUCAAACAUCUUUGCUCUAGUAACUUUAAAUGACAAAGAUGAUAUUCAUGUUUACUUGAUCAAUGGAGUAAGCGGUAGAGUUGUUCAUAAUUACUUUGAAAAGAAAGUCAGACUAGAUCUUCCAAUAGAUCUAAUUCUUUCAGAAAAUUAGCUCGUUAUGUCCUUCUCAAGGCAAUCAUCAAAUGGAUUAGCAUAAUAAGAAAUCAGUGUCACUGAACUUUACAAUUAAAGAUAAGAAGCUGAUACCAAAAAAUUACUUCUAGACUACUACAAAGGAGAUGAGAGACUUCAUCAACAUCUCUUCAGUAGUUUCACUUAAGAAUCACCUGUGAUCAUACAAGAGACCUAUCUUCUUCCUUACACAGUAAAAUCUAUAGUGCUUACUUAGACUCUUCAUCAUAUUGCAGGAAAGAGUUUGAUAGUUAUUUCAUACCCUUAAAAUCAGGUUUACUAGCUUACUCACAAUUUCUUUAGUGCGAGAAGACCUUAUCCAGAAAAUAUGGCUCUUGUUGGAGGAUAAGCUGAAGAAAAGAAAGAUGGUACUUUAUAGCUGAAAGACACAGAAAAACCACCUUAUGAUGCUGUUAUUCCAGUAGACUCAACCAAGUAUCUAAGUUAUGGUCUAGACUUAGUUGAUUUAAGAGAAAUCAAAGCAUUCCCAACUAGACUGGAAUCAACUAGUUAAGUUUUGGCUUAUGGCUUUGAUAUUUUCUUUACCAGAGUAUCUCCAGAGAACAACUUUGAUCUUCUUCAAGAGAAUUUCAACUAUGCACUUCUGUUCUUAUUCAUAGCUGGUUUGGCUGUUGCUACUUACAUGAUUAAGAGACACGUUGAGAAAAAAUCUCAAACAACAAAUUUCCUCCUUUAAUGA